AUGGAUCUCGAUCUGGAGGGAGUUCCCGAGGAGGAUAAGGCGCGUCUCACGCAGAUGAUCGAGAACGCGCAGCGCCGAGACGGCGCUCGCAUGUACAACUCGUUGGUGGAAAGGUGCUUCAGGGACUGUGUGGACAACUUUAGGCGGAAGACACUCGAUAAGACGGAGGAGCAGUGUGUGAAGCGGUGUGGGGAGAAGUUUCUGAACCACUUUGCUAGACAAGCCAUGGAAGGUUUAGACGGGCCGGUGUUGUUUCGUGUCGCGGACGCUACCGGCGAUGCUGUUACCACCAUCGCCAACAUCGCCUCCGUCUCCCGCGCCUUCGCCCGUGUCGCGCGCUCGGAGCUAUGGCCGCGUUACUGCCUCGCGCGCGCCGCGGUGGCUGAAGAGGGCGAGGCGGCGGCGGUGGCGGCGGUGGCGGCGCGCCUGGUGCGCGAGGCGGGCAGCGCCGAUGCGCCGCGAAACGCGGCGAGCACCCUGGCGCGCUGCAUGAGCGCGUGCCCGGGCGUGGUACCCGCCUGCUGCAACGCGCUGCGAGAGGACGCCAAGCCGUGGGAUCGCUGGUCCAGGGAAGCCUCAACGGAUUUCUGGAGCGAGGCGGAGGAGGAAAGCGGCAUAGACGGGGGAAGUGUGAGUGUGGGAGGCGGUAAGGAAAGUGAGGGAGCGUUAAAGGAGAGCGGCAGUCACUUCCCUAUGGAUUCUCAUGUCAGCGACAGCUCUGCGCUCUCCUCCGCGCUCGCCGCUCGAAUCUUUCUGGACGAAUGCUUCCUCCCCGCCUCUCCUUCCCGCCCAUCGCCGCUCUUUCCGGGCGAGGUGGAAGGGGACGAAAGGGGGAAAGCUGCGGGGGAAGGUAAGGGGGAAGGGGACGAAAGGGGGAAAGUUAGGGAGGAAGGAGCGCAGGAGGGCGCGGCUGUGUUGAUGGCAGCAGGGGACUGUGGGCGGGAGCACGAGGCAGAGGCAGAGGCUGAGGAGGAGGAUGAGGAGGAGGAUGAGGAGGAGGAGGAGGAGCGUUGGGAGGUGGUGCGGGGAGCGAUUGCUGGGUUCAGGCACUCACGCUUUCACUGGAUGCUACAAGGCCAGCCGCAUGCUUCAAGCGCAUGCCCCUUCUGCCAUGACCAGGCAUGGAGCGCCACUGCUCUUCUGAAACCGACGGCUCACGUUGCGUUGGGUUGCGAUGAGGGCGAUCCACCUUUUGAGUUGACUUAA